AGCAAGGCCCUUAACCCUCAAUUGCUUAGACUGUAUACUGUCACAACUGUAAGUCGCUUUGGAUAAAAGCGUCUGCUAAAUGCCGAAAAUGUAAAUGUUGAGUGAGCACGUAACACGCAUGUCACUACAACAUUCUCAGUUGUGUCUUGUAGACCAAGAAGUUGGCACCUGAAUUGCAUUUACAGUCUGGAAGGAUGAAAUCUAGUGAGCCUGUAUUUACCAGAAAGAAUCCCUUUCCUGCAGAACCUCACUUGCCAAAAAGCCAUUAUAAUCCAUCUAAAGUAAAGAAGAUCCCCAAGAAGCAGAAAAGUCUGGCACUGAGUCCUGUCCGAUUUACCCGGUCAGUCAGUCCUCCAGAGUCUCCAACUCACACCGAUUGUCUCAGCCCAGAGGAUCAGCGCUUCCUUGAUGGUUCUCAUCGUGUAGUUUUGUGUCCUUCUUCGUCUGUCGAGGGAAACCAGAAAUUUACAGAGACUUGGCCAUCCACUGAUCAGAGCUCUUCCCCUGCAAGUACAAGUGUAUCACAGCCACAACACACUGCAGCUUCACAGGAGCCUUCAGUGAUGAAAAAGUACAUUGAGCGUUUUCGUUAUGGAAUGCCACAAAGCCGUGGGGAAAGAGAAAAAUUGGCAAGUGAUGGAGAAGCUGAUCAACCGUAUUGGUGGAUGUCUCCAUCCUCUCUGCAGCCAUCCAGCUCAACUUCAAACCAAUCCAAGGAAUGCUAUAGGGGAUCAUAUGAUGGUGUACAUGAUGGUAAGGGAAACCUGCAGGACCUGAUCAGCCAUCAUCCACCCAAGACAUUGCUCUCCCCUACCAGAGAACAGUUUGACCUGAGUGUGCUGGCCUUAUCUGAUUCCUCUCACUGUGAGCCUGAAGAGCCAGAGAUUAUUCAGCUACAGGAGAGAGCCAACAGGCUUCUGCAGAAAAGUGAGCACUCUCAUAGCAGUGGAUCCAUUGGUGUACAGAUCAGCACUGAAGGUCUUGGCUGCUCUGAUUUCUCCUCCCCUGUUAGUGUUGAUGAACCAAUCCGAAGGCCCAUGGUGCCCAGCCUAAUGGAUACAGCGAACUUGCUAACACAUCACGGCAUGUCUAGAGAAGAUCCAUUUCCUGCUCCAACAACUAUAGGUUCUAGGGGGUCAAGAAUUCGGCCCGAGGAUGACAUCCUGUUGCAGUGGCGUCUGAGAAGAAAGAUGGAGCAGGCCAGACAGUGGAGUCAUGCUACAUGUCAUAGCUCAGCUCUUAAUCAGCCAAUGUUGAACAGACUAGUAAUGCAGACACAACCUGGCCCCUCUUGCACCCCUGCACCAUUAGCUGAGACUGGUAAUCCUGCACCUCAUUCAAUUCAUGAGCCAGUGCCUCCUGUCUCCAGCAAUGUUUACCCCAUCUCCAGUUUUCCAACCAAAGAGGAUUUUACCACACAAAGCCACCUUGGCUUUUUCUCACCCUCUACCAGUCAGAGUAACACUAGGGACCCGCAGAUCCCCUCUUCCUUUCAUCAGUCACACCAAAGAGGACAGAGGCUCUCGCCAAAAACUAAAGAAGAGUCCAUUAAUAAGCACAGUGUAUCUUCAUCUCUUCAACCCACUCGGAGCACAGAAGAAGUCUUACAUAGUCACCAGGAGAAAGAGAACGUUCAGGAUAAUGACAUAGGAAUAAGGCAAAGGGAAAAGCUUGACAAAAAGUCAGCUUCACCCAGUCGAAAGAAAAAGUCUAAUAGGCUCGUGGGGGACAGAGAUGCCACUGAGAGCAACCAGCACACUGCCAUGAUCAAAGGCAGAAAUGCCAGAAGUCAGGAACAGGUGAGCUGUCAAACACAAUCAUCCAGCAAAAAGAGCAUGGGACACAGAGGGGGUCAAAGUUCAACCAAUGGCACCUGUUUAAGAGCAGCACCACCAUCAUCGCCAAUACACAGCACUCUAGAACAGGUUGUGUCCGAGGUGUUGUUUUCCGGUGCUAAUUCACCAGUCCACUCUAUAACCCCUCAUUCCUCAGCCUCUCCCACAUCCAACCCCUCAGAACCAUCCCAAGUCACCAAUACUCCUCAGAGUACAUACGAGCCAUGUGAGGUUAUUGGUCAGCUGAUGCAGGAAGCAGAAGACUCAGAUGGGCUGGAAUUUGAGGAUGACUCCUUACUCAUAGUCCUUCGACAGCAGAGGAAAUGGGUGAAGGAACAACUCUGCGAAGUCGACCUAAUGCUUGAGAAACUGCAUAAAGACUGAUAUGCCAUGAACCCAAAACAAAGAAGACACUUAAAUGCACAAUCAUGUUUAUUACUGCAUACAAUACACUGUGUAUUUUAUAUGAAUGUGAUUACGAAAAUAAACUGUUUUGGAAUA